AUAAAAUUAUUAAUCCGCGUAAUUACCCUCAGUAAUUAUAUUUUGUUGGUUUGUUUUUUUUGUCGCAUUCAAAUGAAAAAAAACAUACUUUUCUCGUAUUAUACUUUACAGUUUAUUAUAUCAAUUUCGAAGUAAUUCUUUAUUCCUGUGAUCCAAGUGAAAUUUAUUUUUUUAUUUGAUAUCGUUUCGGUUUCAAUUUUUAUGUAUAUAAAUAUGAGUAUUCCUCCAGCGUCGUAGUCAUUUUUCACCUUGGUAAACUUUCAACUCAAGUUCUGACCUCUUACGAUGUGGUAGCCAUUUUGUAAAGUUGUGUAGGAAAAUUUUUUGCUUACUAGACGAAUUACGGAACGAUGAAUAAUUUGUCAAAUGAGGUCAUUCGUUUCUGUUUAUUCUUUAUUUUAUUUUUCAGUUCUGUCAUCCUAUAAUCCACGUGGAAUUUUGAAUGUCUCAGCGAUUUUAUCGAAUCCGCAGACUGCGUCUAAGUUUAUCACACGAUUAGGUUGCAAUUGAAACGGGGAUUAAUCGUAUGUUCGUUGGAUGUUCGAAGAAGAAAAAUAUCGAGAGCAAAAUCGAAUGUUUGAAUAAAUAAAAAAUUGUAUUCUUCCCGCGCGUUGAGAACGCGCCAUUUUUCGGAUUGCAUUUGUUUUUUGUUCUUCAAUUUUCAAACAGCUGAAUGUAGCCAGAUGAUCUUCAUUUGUUUAUUUGUUGAUUUAGAUCUCUUACUUAAAAGAAUUAGGUGUUACAUUUGAAUGAAUCUCAUUACUGGUUUAUCGUUGAGUGAAAAUGAAUGAAUAUGGUGCAAUUCGCGUAUCCGGAAAUUACAAAAUAUUCAAAUAUUUCAAAACAUCAAAAUCGACCACUCUACGAUGACAGGUAUCAAAGCCCGGCGUUGUAUAACUUGUAUCUAAAGUAGCGGAGAUGAGGACCAUCUUUCACUUCUUAAAAUGGCGUCGAAAGAGGUGGGCAGAAAUCGGGGGGGAAAAGAGACGUUCGAACCGAACUAUCUAGUUUACAUUCCUGUGCUUUGACCGUGCCGAACUGCCAGGAUCUGGAAUUCAAUAGAAAAAUGUUGAAAAUUUUAAGCUACCAAUUUAACGUUCUAACAGCCCAUAUUAUUAUUCCGUUAGAAUGACCUCAGUCUCUAAUAGACAUGGACAGAAAUCAUAUCGAUCAGAGCGACCAUGGAAACAAUUUAAACGAAGGCGAAGCAGAUGUUAAGUUGGGAAGAGAUUUUUGUAAUCUGGUACAGCAUCCAGGCAUGGAUCAUCUCGGUGACGUCGAUGUAGAGGUAAAAUUUAGCAGAGAUGCUCGUGGUGCUCUUGGAUUAGGCUUAUCGUUGGAGUUGUGCGUAGUUUGCGGGGAUCGAGCAAGCGGAAGGCAUUACGGAGCAAUAAGCUGCGAGGGAUGUAAGGGUUUCUUUAAACGUAGCAUAAGGAAACAGCUCGGCUACCAGUGCAGGGGUAGCAAGACUUGCGAAGUAACAAAACAUCACAGGAAUCGCUGCCAGUAUUGCAGACUUCAAAAAUGCUUGGCAAUGGGAAUGCGCAGUGACUCUUGGGGUGUUGCAGCGGUACAACACGAGAGAAAGCCAGUUCUCGGUGACUCUGGUAGUGGUAAAAUGGGAAAUCGUGGACCCCGAGUCAAGCCAGAACCCCAGCAAUCGACCCCCGAAACACCACUGACUUGGGAGCAGCCUGAAAGUCCCAGUAUGGAAGAUCAAAGUAACGACAGUGACCUCAGUGACGUAUUAACGUUGGCACGAGAACGAUCUUUGAUUUCUCAUGCCCUAGACAGUAUGGCGAGGCUUAUUGGAGAGAGUGUAAACGGAACAAAUGAGUCCGAAGAGGAAUGGACCGGCCAGUUAUUGUCGGAGAGACACACUCAGUUUGAAUUAAGAGCUCCUAGUCCAGCACCUGCUUAUCUAUCGGUGCAUUACAUCUGCGAAAGCGCUGCUAGACUGCUAUUUUUAUCUGUACACUGGGCACGGGGUAUACCAGCCUUUCAAGCAUUACCCUCUGAAGUGCAAACUACAUUAGUGCGCAGUACUUGGGGACAACUUUUUACGUUGGGUCUUGCGCAAUGUGCUCACACCCUGUCACUACCCAGUAUUUUAACCUCUAUCGUUAAUCACCUACAGGCCAGCAUAGCACAAGAGAAAAUAACAGCUAGCAAAGUAAAACUAGUAACUGAACAUAUAUGCCGAUUACAAGACUGCGUCAGUUCUCUUCAUAAGUUGCAGGUCGACGCCACAGAAUUUGCCUACCUUAAAGCACUCACGCUUUUUAGCGCCGAUAAUGUGAUAUCUGGUGUUUGGCGUAAAAAAAUCGACGUGCUACAAGAGGCUGCAUGGAACGAGCUCCAACGAUGUGUUGGUUCAGAAAGAUUACCUCGUCUUUUGAUGCGGCUUCCUCCUCUGCGAUCGAUCGAUCCUCGAGUAUUGGAGGAUCUAUUUUUCGCCGGCCUUAUCGGUAGGGUAAGCGUAGCCAGCGUAGUGCCUUACAUUCUGACAAUGCCAGACUGUAAAACUGAGCCUGAAGGUCACAUGGGAUGACCAUUUUCUGUCUAUCAAAUCUUCGUGAUAUCACUAUGAGAAGUUUCGAAAAUUUUACAGGUAUUUAUAACAUCCAAACAAGUUAUUCGUAGAAUCGGAACGCCGAUAUAUUUUCUAUUUAUCGUGUCUAAAACGUUUCGACAUGAAUUCAGUGUUCUCCUUUUUUACAAAGAAGAACAGAAGAAAUAUUUUUAUAAUGAAUAUUAUACUGCAGUCUCAAUCGAAUGUCGGAAACAUGCAGCAGAUUUUAUUGCAAAAAAAGGGACAACGAAAUUAGCUGAAUGUGCUUUUUGACAAUAUUCUUCAUUGGUCAACAAUUUUUAGCGACAUUUUACGCGUACAUGAAAAUUUUGAAGAUUUCUACGUUUUCUACUUGAAUCGACAAAUUACUCUAUCAAUAUCGUAUACUUUUGCGUACGUAUUAAAUGACUAAAUUUAUAUUAGUCAAAUAUUAUAUUUGUUAUAUCGAAAGAUAUACUUGUUUGACUUGGAAAACCAGCGAGUAAAGUUGAACUGUAUUUUUAGCGACAAUCCAAGCGCGUCAAUACUUAAAGUAUAGAAUAAGGUUCUUCCGGGGGGUUGAGAUCGACAAAUUAAUGCGACAUAUCUCAACCGAUUGUACAUUAAAGUUAACCGUUAAUUUUUACAAUGAAUAACAAUCAACGACAAUGUUUAACUAUAAAUAAUAAUCUACCAUAAAUAAAAGAAUUAAUAUAGUAAACCAACAGACAUGAACGCGAACGAUGAUAAUUUAAUAAAUGCCAGAAGGUGAGGAGUAGAAAAAUUUCAAUUUCCGACCUUGAUUUAGAAACGGAGUAACGCUGACGAAAAUAUUAAAAAAAAAUCAGGAGCGAAACUUAACGAAGAAACCUAGCAUGUACAUUGUUUAAAUUUUUUUUAACUCUGUUCACCGAGGAACGACCCAGUCCAAAAUUAAUUUAUGGAAGGCUCGUGCUGAUUUAAAAAAAUUGCAUUUUUUCUCUUUUUUCUUUUUAUUAUCGAUGAAUUAUAUCCUCCGACGUUUUAAACGAUACGGAAGGAUUUUCAGUAUUUUUUUCUAUACCCUAUUAUCUUUCAUUCUAUCAUUAUUUUACGUCGAUUUGUUUAUAUUGUAUUUGUCCUACGUUGUAAAAUAGGUUAAAAUGUGUAUACAUAAUAUUAACAUUUAUUACGUUAUUAAUUGGUGCGGGCUUUCUAUUUAACCCAAAUUAUUUCUAUGUGUUAAUUACGAUGAAAUAAUUGAAAGAAAAAAAAGGAGUAACUUGUUAAAAUGAGAUCGCUAAAAGAUUAUUCGUUAUAGAUUAACGAUAAAAGUACCUUGAAUAGUUAUCGCUAUAUUUUACAUACAUGGUAAAAAUUCAGUACAGUGGAAAAAAAUCGAACGAGUAAUAAUUUAAUAAACAUUACUUAAUGUUAACUAUAAGUUGAUAACAAUAGCAAAAUAAGCCUAAAAAUGUCUGAGUAGUAACAGACAUAAAAUAUACAUAAAUGCAUUAAAAGAAAAAAACAAUUAUGUUAAAGGGAAAACUGCAAUGUACAUAACAAAAAAUGUGCCUAUAUGAAACAAAUAUUUAUAUUGAUAUAAUAAUAAUAAUAAUAAUAUUAAUUUUAUAAUUAGUCUUUAUUAGUAAAGAGAAAUAAAUGAAUCAAUCAAGUCUGAGUAUAAAUUGAAGUAUGAUUAAAUUAAGAAUAUUUUUUUCUCUUAAUGUUUAAAUACAGUAAAGUUGCGCGCCUGGUUAAGCGUGCAUCAGGCACAAAAGUAGUGCAGGUAAAAAAUGGCGAUGCUGUUUGGAAUGCUAGUUUUGUCGAUAAGACUCAAAUAUUCCACGAAUAAAAACCGAUAGAUUCUGUGAUUAAUGAAGCACCCUCAAUCCGCGCAAUCGAAAAUUCCCGUUUCAAAAACGAGCGGAAAGGAAGAAUUGCGAGAAACGAAACCGGAAAAAAUAAAAUUUUGAAAAAAAAAAAACUUGCGAG